AGUCGAUCGGCGCGCGCGCACUUCGUAACACUUGGUAACAGUCGGUUUAUGUUUCGUGCGAAAAUACGUGUAUUUUUUACUUUUCACGAACACACGGAGUUUGUUCAAAGUUUAGUGUAACUGUGGAUUAUAGAUGAAAAGAUGACGUCAGAGGUGAACAAUUGGUACCGCGGCCGGAAGGUGCUGCUGACAGGCUCAUCUGGUCUCAUGGGCAAGGUGCUCAUUGAGAAGUUGCUAUACAGCGUGCCAGACAUUGACUGCAUAUAUGCAGUGGUCCGCCCCAAGCGAGGGAAGACACCGGAAACGCGGAUCGAAGAAAUGUGGAAGUUGCCCUUGUUCAAAAGAAUCAGAGAGGAGAAACCGCAUGUGAUGAAGAAACUGGUUCCCGUUAACGGUGACAUAGUUUACGACGACCUUGGCAUAGAGAGGAACAUUCUGCAGCAGAUAUAUGAUGAGGUGUCCGUGGUAUUUCACUUUGCUGCCAGCCUACGAUUAGAAGCAAUGAUCAAAGAAAACUUAGAGAUGAAUACGAAAGGUACAUUGAGAGUACUAAAUAUCGCUAAGAAAAUUAAAAAUCUGGCUGCUUUCAUUCAUCUGUCAACGGCAUUCUGCUAUCCCGAUUAUGAAAGGAUGCCUGAAAAGGUGUUAGACCCUCCAGUCAAUCCUCAUGAAGUUUUGAGAGCAGCGAGCUGGUUGACCGAUGACCAAAUUAAUUUGCUAGCCCCAUCGAUUCUUCAGAAACACCCGAACUCUUACACAUACUCCAAAAGGCUUGCGGAAGCUUUAGUGAGAGAAUGUUAUCCUGAAAUGCCAGUAGUGGUAGUAAGGCCGAGUAUUGUGACACCUACUUACAAGGAACCUAUGGCAGGUUGGGUAGAUAACCUUAACGGUCCUAUCGGACUGAUGAUAGGAGCUGGGAAGGGUGUAAUACGUUCGAUGCAUUGCGUAGGCCAUUACCAUGCUGAAGUGAUCCCUAUAGACAUAGCCAUCAAUAGCAUCAUCGUUAUCGCUUACAAAAUAGGCACUACGACUGAAAGGAAGCCAGAUAUUCCUGUAUACAAUAUAACUACAGGAGACGAUAGAAACACAACAUGGAAACAAGUACUAGACAUCGGGAAAGCGACAGUCCGCAAAUAUCCAUUCGAGGGACCUCUAUGGUAUCCAGAUGGAGAUAUCCGGCAGAAUAAGUUCAUACACAACCUCUGCGUGUUUUUCUUUCACAUUGUACCUGCUUACUUCAUAGACUUCUUGAUGCUCAUAUUUAGACAGAAGAGAUUCUUGGUACGCAUCCAGAAUAGAAUAACUGUUGGACUUGAAGUACUGCAAUAUUUCACUACCAGGGAAUGGUGGUUCGAUACGCACAACUUUAAGGCUUUAGCGCCAAGUUUGAAUAAUGUCGAUUUUAAAACUUUCCCAAUGGAUCUGACUAUUAUCGAGGACGAACCAUAUAUAGAAGCCUGUAUGAUCGGAGGCAAACUUUAUUGCCUCAAAGAAAAACUCGAGAAUUUGCCGAGAGCCAGACUUCAAAACAACAUCCUGUUCGUAUUGGACCGUAUAGUGUCGGUAUUCAUUUAUCUAUUUAUGCUCUCCUGGGUCGCAUAUUAUUUCGAUUCGGUAAGAGAUAUCCUUUCGUAUGGAGGGCCGGUUGUUAAAUAUUUACCUUUUGUCGGCAAAACUGUCUUCAGAAACGAAUUGUGAUUGCUCCGUAAACAAAAUAGGUUACAUUCCAAAGAGAGUGAAUGUUAUUUUUUACUGUAAAUAAAUAUUGUACAUUUGGGUGCUGUAAAUAAGUAUACAUUAUUGUAGGUACUAAAUAAUAAGUGAAUUUUUAUAUUCUUUUUCUUAGGCUUCUUUUAAAAUAUUUGUGGAGUUAAAAGGUAAUUUUUAUUACUUUGCACUAACUUAUUAAAUAAAUACUGUUGUGUAGAUAUUAAAUGAAUAAACGGAUGAUCAAUUACGUAUCGGUAUUAUAUUUUUAUGAACAAUUAAUAAAAAUUUAUAUUCAGC